AUCACGAGCUCCCUAAAGCAACUCCAUUCCAGCAAUUACUGAGUAGUGCGCAGGGAGAAGUUGAAGGCUUUAGUGCGAGAUGUCACUCAAUAAGGACCACUCUCAGGGGGCCGGGAUCAUUGUCAGCAACGGGGAGAGUAUUCUCAGACAGUGUAAAGAUGUGGAACUGUCCUUCAGCGAUAUGUCUCACAAAUCAGAAGCAUUCAGAGGCACAAAGAAAGGAUCGCUAUUUCUCACCGCUUACAGGGUGAUCUUCCUAAACAAGGGGAAGGAUCCCAUGAUGUCCUUUAAUAUGCCAUUCUACAUGAUGAAAGGAUGCUCCAUAGAACAGCCAGUGUUCUCUGCCAACUACAUCAAGGGAACCAUCAGUGCUGAACCUGGAGGUGGCUGGGAGGGUCAAGCCUCUUUUAAACUUACAUUUAAUAGUGGAGGUGCUAUUGAAUUUGGACAAAUCAUGUUCAAAAUGGCAACUUGUGCUUCCAGAACCCCUCCUGUUCCUCAUGCUGCAUAUGGAUACACACCUGCUCCAGGAGGCUAUGCACAUGGCGGGUACCCUCCAGCUCCAGGAAUAUAUACACCCCCACCCCAACCAUCAGGCCCUUAUCCAUAUGGACCCCCUGCUAUGAAUGGAUAUGGACCACCUCCAAAUCCUAUGGGAUACCCGUAUGCUCCACCAGCAGGACCUGGCAUGUAUCCACCCCCUCCUGAAAUGAAUCCCAUUUACAUGGCUCCUCCACCACCUUAUCCUGGACCCCCCUACAAUGGGACCCCCUACAAUGGAACCCCAGCACCUUCUGCUCCCACUGGAUGCAUGAAUGCUGGUAUGCCUGGAGGUAGCAAAGCUGCAGAAGCUGCAUCCAGUGCGUAUUAUAACCCAGCUGACCCUCACAAUGUCUAUAUGCCUAUGGAUCGUCCUCCUCCAUACGCUCCAAAUGAUGAUAAAAAGAACAAUUAAACAUCAAAUCCUGAGCCCACUGCUACAUUGUCUAUGCAUCUGUCUGUAGCUGGAUGUCCUGUUUUAUGUCCACCUGGUGUAGCCCAGACCAUAGCACCCCACAUGUGACUUCCUGGUAACAAGUUGUUAGUAGUGAAACAUUUUGAAGAGUGUUGGAACUAUUUAUGCAAGGCAGAAUAAAUUAUUUCAUCCAGAAACUUUUUUCCCCCCCCACUGGUAGUCUCUCCAAAAUAAACGACAAAAUCCUUUGCAAAGAAGGUCGAUGAUCGCUGUCGGCUAAUCCUGUUCUUUUAAAGGGCCUUGAUAAAAUCAUGUUCAUGCAUUUGCACAUCCUAUCUAAUUACUGUCAGGAUUGAUAUAGAAAUAGAAAGAAGAAAAUGAAUUACCAUCUUUUCACAAGGACCUUUGAAAGGUCUUCCAAGUUAUGGCUGCUAUAGAGAUGGAGUUAUCCGCCAUGGUGCUAAAUAUUACUGCCCAUAGAGAUUAAGGACCUCUCCAUAACUAUAGUGGUCAGGUCCAGCUGCAUCAUAUAAGAGAAUAAAUAAUUCUGUUAUUAACUAGUUAUUCUCUAUAAUGAAAUUGAGUGGAAGGCACAUUGCUUAGGACAUUUCUCUCCCCUUCAUAAAUUGGAUAGUUUCUAUGCUAAUAUCUAUGCUUAAAGGGGAACCAUCGUGAAAAUCAAUCAAUAUCAAUACAUCUUUUAGGGGGGCUUCUUUAGCGUAGAAGAUGUUUGCUCUAUUAAAAUCACCAGAAAUCAUGUCUUUCUACAUGCAGGAUUUAUGCCAAAAGCUUAUUUUUUUAGAUUUUGUUUGUACUGGAAUUAGUUAUUUAAAUGAGCUCUAAUACAUCUGCUAAGAAAUGAAGCCCCCCCCCCCUUCUAUAAGAACAUUGGUGCUAACUGUCAAUUAAAAUCAGACACCCAACUCCUGCAUGAAGAGAGGGUUAAGAGAAACAGAUGCUGAGAGAGGGAUAGUGAAGAGAAACUUGAUUAUUUGAGAAACGAUGCAGAGUAUUUAAUUGAUUGUAUUUACAAAGUUUCAUAUUUUAGUAUGAUGAAGCUUAUAUUAAAUUUUCAUUUUCACGAUAGAUCCCCUUUUAAAAUGUCAUCUUUUAGCUGGAUAUUCAUUAGGCUUUUUGUGCAACAAAGUAGUUGCUAUCCUUUUCCAAGCCCUGACACCUGCCUGCAAACAAAAGUGCUUAUACAGGAUGGCCAAUAGCUUUCUGCCUUAUGACCCAAACCAUCCCAGUUAUUGUAAGCGCUAAUCUAAAAAAAAA